GUACAGCAGACAACGUUCAGUUCUUUAGUGGAAGUGGUACUCGCUUUUAGUACUUCGAUUGUUAAUUUAAGUUCUCACUUCGAUUUUUUUUUUUUGGUUUUGUCGUUAAGUGAAAAGAUCGUACAGGGUUUUUGAUAACUCAAAAAUGGACCAACCAACGCCUAUACAAAAAUUAUUUAGAAACGCGAAUGUUUUCAUCACAGGUGGUACUGGUUUCAUGGGGAAAAUUCUCAUAGAAAAAUUACUCAGAUCAACGGAAGUGAAUACCAUUUAUCUACUUGUCAGAGAGAAAAAGGGGAAAAGUAUACACACGAGAAUUGACGAGCUUUUCGAGGAUGUAAUAUUCGAUGAGGUUAAGAAGAAAUGUCCGAAAUUUAAGCACAAAAUUGAGGCGAUUUCCGGGGAAUGUCAACUAUCUGGUUUAGGUUUAAAUAUCACAGACAUGCAAACUUUAAUAUCGAAAGUUAAUAUAAUCUUCCAUGUUGCUGCUACAGUGAGAUUUGACGAAAAUAUAAAAAUAGCAUACGAUAUUAAUGUUAACGGAAUCAAAUACGUCAUUGAUUUAGCCAGAAAAAUGACAAACUUAAAGUCAAUCGUUCACGUUUCGACGGCUUAUUCGAAUUGUACGCGAUCAGUGAUCGAAGAGAAAAUUUAUGAUUGCCCAUUAUCUUACGAAGACGUUGGGCGCAUUUUGGAAAAAAUAUCUCACGAAGAAGCAGACGCAUUAACACCAAGACUUCUCGGAGAAUGGCCGAACACGUAUACAUACACGAAAGCAUUGGCUGAAAAUUUGGUGAAUGAUAUAGGAAAAGGAUUACCUCUAGCUAUAUUUAGACCUUCAAUAAUUGUAUCUACCUACAAAGAGCCUAUCCCAGGAUGGAUAGACAAUUUGUAUGGUCCAACGGGAUGUUGCGCCGGGGUGGUUACAGGGGUAUUAAGAGUAUUAUAUUGUGAUCCCAAUCUCGUCGCCGAUAUCGUUCCCAUAGAUACGUGUGUAUCUGCUCUUAUUUCCAUAGCUUGGGAUCUAACAACUAAGAAAUCAGAUACCUCACUGCCUAUAUGUUUCCAAUAUUUCGUUGACAACAACGAUAAUGAAGAAGUGGAAAAUAGAUGGCGCUUAUUACUAAAACAGACUUUGGUCGCUUUGGGUCCUUUACUAUUAACAACUUCUGCUGGAAUGACGUUUGGUUACUCGGCUAUUUUACUACCUCAAUUGGAGUCAAACAAUUCUACCAUCGUUGUCAACAAAGUCGAAAUGUCUUGGAUAGCUUCGUUGGCUGCUCUCCCGAUGGCGCUAGGCUGCGUUAUAGGUGGAAUCCUUUUAAACAAACUCGGAAGAAAAGUUACCCACUCGGUUUCUUGCAUACCGAUAUUCUUAGGUUGGUUUUCCAUAUACAUGGCGAAUCAUGUGACAAUUAUAUUUUUGGGAAGAUUCGUAACCGGUUUGUUUAAUGGUAUACUGGCUACUGCUACCGGGGUUUACAUAGGAGAAACCUCUGAUCCCAAAUACAGGGGGUUUUUAUUAGCCGGUAUAUCGUUCUCUGUUGCCUUUGGUUUGUUCAUGGUCCAUUUAAUAGGAACGUUCCUAACGUGGAAGAAUACGGCCCUGAUAUGUUCCAUACUCCCAUUGAUCAGUCAAAUAAUAAUUCAUUUCGUACCAGAAUCACCUAUAUGGUUAGCAAACGAAGGAAGAAUCGCAGAAGCCAAAACGUCAUUCUUUUGGUGUCGAGGACGUUCAGAAGAAUCUAAUAAAGAAUUAGAUUCGAUACUACAACGUCGUAACCAAUCCCCGAAAGAUGAAAAUCGAAAUUACAAGGAAAAAUUCAACGAAAUUUUCGUACCGGAAUUUUUAAAACCAUUAAUAAUACUGACAGUUUACGUGACGACUAAACAAUGGUGUGGAAUAAACGCCAUAGCUUUUUAUUCGGUCGCCAUAAUGAAGGAUACAGUGGGAAACGUCGAUGAGUAUCUGGCAACGUUGUUAGUCGAUUUGAUCCGUGUCGUGAUGGCGACUGCGGCAUGUUUUCUCAUAAAAAAUUUCAAACGACGACAUUUGGCGUUAAUAAGCGGUAUAGGUACUUUUGUAUCUUUAUUUUUUUUAAGCGGGGUGACGUUUUUCGUGAAAAUAUAUCCCUCGAAUCAAAUUGGUUACUUCACUAUGUUGUUUUUGAUAUCUUAUAUCGUGUUUGUUAGUAUAGGGUUGGUGCCGUUACCUAGUUCUAUGAACGGGGAAUUGUUUCCGGUUAAAUUGAAAGGACUCGGUUGUGGGGUUUCGUCUUUCGUGGCUUUUUCGAUGUUUUAUUCGGUAGUACAAACUACCCCUAUUAUAUUUGGAAAUUACGGACCGAGCGGUGGUUUUCUUAUUUUCGGUUUGGUCGCGUUCGUUAGUACGAUUUUCGUUUAUCUAUUUUUACCGGAAACUAAGGGAAAACCCCUACACGAAAUCGAGGAUGCUUUCAAAAGUUGAGGUCAAAAAAAAUAUUUUUUAGUGGGAGUUUUAGAGAAAAAAAAAUAUUUUUUUUAUUUUCCGAGGUAAAGAAAAUAUCCGAAUACUUUUUGUUUAAUUUUGUGGGGUUAAGAAAUCGCGGGAAAUAUUUUAUCGUAUACGAGGGGUGGUGGAUGAGUAAUUGUUUAAUUCCAUCGCGUUUAAAGAGGGAAAAUUUGAUUUUUCAUAUUAACAAAAUGUGCAGGGUUGAAAGAAAUUUUUAUCGACAUAACGGAAUUAAUUUUGAAAAUUUCUAUAUACGAGGUAAAUUCAAAAUUAUUCAAUUAUUUACAUAAAUUUUACUAAAUAUCUUCGGAAAUAUCGAUUUUUUUGUAAAAAAAUGUUUGGAACUAAUUUUUUUCAAUUUUCCGAGGUAAGGAAAGCGGAGGAAAUAUUUUAUCGUAUACGAGGGGUGGUGGAUGAGUAAUUGUUUAAUUCUAUCGCGAAUAAAGAGGCGGAAUUUGAUUUUUUAUAUUAAUGAAAUGUACAGGGUUGAAAGGAGUUUUUAUUGACGUAACGAAAUUAAUUUUGAAAAUUUCUAUAUACGAGGUAAAUUCAAAAUUAUUCAAUUAUUUCCAUAAAUUUUACUAAAUAUCUUCGGAAAUAUCGAUUUUUUUGUAAAAAAAUGUUUGGAACUAAUUUUUUUUCAAUUUUCCGAGGUAAGGAAAGCGGAGGAAAUAUUUUAUCGUAUACGAGGGGUGGUGGAUGAGUAAUUGUUUAAUUCUAUCGCGAAAAAAGAGGCGGAAUUUGAUUUUUUAUAUUAAUGAAAUAACGAAAUUUAUUCAGAAAUUUUUUCAUAUACGAGGAGAAUUUAAAAUUAUGUAUCGGUCCGUUAGUAGAAAAGUGACAUAAGUCAAAAUUAGUAAAUGCUCAGAAUUUUUAAACUGCUGUAUUGAACAUGUACUAAUUUUGACUUGUGUCACUUUUCUACCAACGGAACGAUACAUAAUUUUAAAUUCACCUCGUAUAUAAAAAUUUUAUAAAUUAAUUCCGUUAUAUCGAUAAAAUUUCCUUUCCGCACUGUACAUUUUUUUCAUAAUAAAUCAAAUUGCGAUUUUUUCGGAAUACGAUAAAAUAUUUCCUCCCUUUUCUUACCUCGUAAUAUUAAAAAAAAAUCUCUUAGAAACUUUUUUUCUAUAAAAUCGAUAUUUUUGACGAUAUCCAGCAAAUUUUUUAUAACUUUAUAUCGCUCCGUUGCGUUGGUAGAAAAGUGACACAAGUCAAAAUUAUCGUACAUAAAUUGAAACCGAUAUUAAUAAGUUGAGUAAAGAUUAGUUUUAUGAAAAAGUGUCACAACUCUAAUAACGGCUAGAAUUCUCCUCUUAUUUAUUUAUUGACUUGUGUCACUUUUCUACCAACGCAACGGAGCGAUAUAAAGUUUUAAAAUUUUACUGAAUACCGUCAAAAAUAUGGAUUUUAGAGUAAAAAAGUUUUUUUGAAAUUUAUUUUGAAGAUUUUUACUAAAAAAUAUUGUAACAAAAAUUGUGUAGGCCAGUGUAUAUUUCCGAGUUCAUUUACGUGCGUCUAUUAAAUAUCGUGCAGUCAAUUGCCUCGAUCGCGGAUCCGAUUCCGAAUCGGUUCAGGAACUAAUCGCAUGCGCACUUUCAAAAAUGUUAUUCGCGGCUAGAUCAGUUCUGAUUGUUUGUUUGUAUAAAUAAAUUUUAGUCUUCUAUGGGUACAAAAAUAUACGGGGGUUAGUAGUAAUUACACUUUAAUUCUAUUUUCGAUUUUUCGAAAUUUUUCGCGGGACUGAUUGAAGCCGGUGGAAGAAAAACUUACAACUUAGUAUUUAAAUUUUUCCGAUAAAAUUGGAUGGAGAUUUAAUUUUCUGUAUAUCAAAAUCGACGAAAUUCGAAUUCGAUUUGAAUGUAGAAUUUUUUUAAACGAUUUUUUUUUAA